GAGGCGGAGGUGCGGGCGUUGGGAUUGAUGCGGCCGGGUUGGGGACGGUUUCGCAAGCAGCGGGCAGCCUGGCCGGCUGGUUGGGCGGACUAGCAGCUGCAGGAGCAGCCGGAGCCCCGGCAGCCGUGAUCGCGGCGUGCAAAGCAAACGACGAGCCGACGACGCUUUUGUUCUGCCGAGCUGACUUUCCCGCAGCCAGGGCGAUUUGCGAGUUUCGCAACCUUCCCUUGGGAUCGCCGCCUUUCGGAGGGCCCAGGUCACGAUGGCCGAUCACAUGAUGAUGUCGAUGAGCCACGGCGUGAACGGGCUACAGGGCUACCGGAUAGGGAUGCCUGGGAUGACGGCUGCCCCGCCACAGCAUGGGCAGCACGUGCUAAGGACGCUCCCUGCUAACCACCCGAUGAUGCAGUACGGCGGCGGGGGCCCCAUGGACGGAGGGAUGAGGCCUCGGCCCGGCAUGAAUGGACAAAUGGGUCACCAUCAGGUGCCAAGCGCCAUGAUGUUCAGCAAUCCCAGCCAACAGCAGCAGCAGCAGCAGCAACAGCAGCAGCAAUACAUGACAUCCGUCGGCACGCAGCAACUCAUGGCUAGCAUGCACUUACAGAAACUCAACACCCAGUACCAGGGACAUCCUCUCAUGGGUAUGAACAACGGGCCCGUUGGGGCAGGGGUGCAGCAGUACAGGAUGGGGCCGGGCCAGCACCCCGGUAUGCCACACCUACCCUCCCCUGCAUUGACCUUGAACGUUAUGGACACGGAGCUGAUCGACGAAGAGGUCUUGACGUCGUUGGCCAUGGAGCUGGGCUUGGACCGAGUACAAGAGUUACCCGAGCUCUUCCUGGGACAGAACGAGUUUGACUUCAUCUCGGACUUUGUCAGCAAGCAGCAGCCCAGCGCAAUCAGUUGCUGAGCGGCUGUUCUGGGAAGCUGGUGCUUCUUCUACACUGCCCUCCCCUGCAAACAAACAGACAAAAUUUCUUUCUCUCCCCCAUGCAGGGUUUCUUAGCUCGUCCCUUCCCAAAAACACAACGGACAAUCAUUGGAGGCUUUCUUCUUUUCUUUUUGGCUUGCACUGCAUUGCUCCUUCUCACGGGGGAGCUGUUCUUUGUUUUUUGGGAGGGUGGGGGGAUGAAUGAAAGGCUUUUGCAGAUGGAAUGAAAUGGCAGCUACAGAAUGUCUGUCUCCAAGGAAAGGAAAUGGGCCUCUUUUCUUGCCUGCUCCCCAACAACUGUCUGUGUUUGGACUACAAAGGGGAGGAUGGGUGCGGAAACCCACCACACCGAUGGCUUUGCUGAGGAAAUCUGUGAGCUCCUUUUGAACACACCUUUCUAUUGGGUGGGCGUUGGUGGUUUUAACCAUCCUCCCACUGAAAGGCGAUUGGUGGGAGGUAAUCUGGCUUGCUCCAUCACUGCCUCCCUGCUCUUCAAUACUGUGAAAUUCAGCAACCAGUCCGUCUCCUUUCUUGAGAUCAUUAGCCUCAGGUUGGGUUUUUGUUCUGUAUCUCCCACGCCCCCCACCCCACCCCCAACAAACCUACGUUUCAAAUUUCAUUCCAUUUUUUUUCCUUUCAAAAAGUAAAUUUAGCAGUCAAAAUGUUCAGGGGUAGGUACCAGAGUGAGAUUCUUGUCUUGGACAGGUGUAAGGGACCAGCCUCUUUUGAAGCUAUGUCACUUGUGGCUGGUGCGGAAAGCCAAGAAAUCGGUAUAAGAAGGUUAUUGUCUAACUUUCAGACUACUACAAAUGAGCUUUAAGCUGCCAUCCAGCCCUUUUUCUGCCUCUGAAACCAAAUAAAAUCCUCAUAAUUGUGUAUAUUACUGAUUUUUUUAAAAAAAAAGAAAAAAAAAUCUUAUUUAUCUCAUGUGUUCCUAAAUCCUUAUUUAUUUGGAAGGGCUUGACUAUUAUUUGCCUUUUGAGAUUAUUGGGAAAGGGCUAAAGAUAACACUUAAGUGCAUGUCUCCCCCAAACUUUUUUGCUACCCAAGAGCAGCGUAUAUGGGGGUUGCAAAUAUAUAUAUAUAAAAAAAACACGGAAUAAAAGAGAUUCACACUCUGUCUGUCCGUUUCUCCUAGGGCUUGAUUUUAUUUUUAAAAAAAGCCUAAUUGUGUUUUUUCCAAAAAAAAAAAAGUUUGGUGUGGACUAGCAGCUUGGCUCCCUUUUUGGUCUCGUUUCCAAAUGCUUUGGGAAAGUGGAAAGUUCAAUACAGCAACUCGAGUGCUGUUGCUGCCCCCUCUUAUUGCAAGUGCGCAGUAGCACAUCGUUGAUCGAUGAAGUGAGAAUGUACAGAUGAUUUUUUUUUUCAAAUAAAAGAUAAACCCUCUGAAA